CUGCUCUCCGUUACUCCUGUUUUACAUUAGUAAAAAGAAAAGGAGUACUUAUGGCACCUUAGAGACUAACAAAUUUAUUAGAGCAUAAGCUUUCGUGAGCUACAGCUCACUUCAUCGGAUGCAUCUUUAUACUACCUUGUGUCUGGAAUAUUUUUUAUAUCUUGUAUUGCCUCUAGGAGGGCAAAAUCCUGAUGGCUUUACACAUGGAAUAAAUCUCACUGCAGCCUUGCUCCUUAAAUUGUAAGCUCCUUAGGGCAGAAACCUUAAGUCCGAUUCCACAAAUUUUACAUCAUUGUAACUAUUGACAUCAUUCGAGUUACUCCAGGUUGACACCAGUGUUGAGAGCCACGUCUGGCCAUUUGUCUCUGUGUUUUGUAAAGCAUCUUGCAGACUAAUAAGUAAUUUUAGUCUGAAAACAACCCUCCUGCCUCUAAGUGCUAGUAAUUUCCUGAUGCUUCUCUUUUCACAAUCCAAGCCUGAUAACAUGUUCACGGUUCUGCUUUCCUAGGCCUGGAUCACAUUCUGAUCUCUCUCACACUGGUUUUACGCCAAUAUGACUGCCAUGGCUUCAGUAGUGUUAUCUUUUCAUUAAGACUGCAAGACCAGACCACGCCAUCCAGAGGAACAACUUUUGGAGUUCUUACAAGAAAUCUUAUUCCACACAGGCAUACAGGUAUUUUUGGCCAGUUGGCUGAUCCCACUGGAGAAGAUUUACUGAAAUAGCAACUCGCUGACGACACCGGUGGCCAAAAGGGAAGAGAAGUUUACGGAGGACGCCAGAAAUAAAGGAGGAGGAUGUCCGUGAUCAGCGCCUUGCCUUUCCUGAAGCCCAUUCACCUCAGGCCUCCACGGAGCUCGCCCGGACGCCAACGCCGCCACACGCUUCCCGCCAGCGAGUUCCGGUGCCUCACCCCCGAGGAUGCAAUCAGCGUAUUUGAGAUUGAGAGAGAAGCAUUUAUCUCUGUUUCGGGCGACUGCCCCCUUCACCUGGAUGAGAUCCGCCACUUUCUGAACCUGUGCCCUGAACUGUCACUUGGCUGGUUUGAAGAAGGCCGGCUGGUGGCUUUCAUUAUAGGGUCCCUUUGGGACCAGGAAAAACUCAGCCAGGACGCGCUGACUCUGCACAAGCCCGGUGGCACCACUGUGCACAUCCACGCGCUGGCCGUGCACCGCACCUUCCGCCAGCAGGGCAAGGGCUCCAUCCUGAUGUGGCGCUACCUGCAGUACCUCCGCUGCCUGCCCUACGUGCGGCGGGCCGUGCUCAUGUGUGAGGACUUCCUCGUCCCCUUCUACCGGAAGUGUGGCUUCAAGGUGCAGGGCCCCUGCGAGGUCACCGUGGGCUCGCUGGCGUUCGUCGAGAUGCAGUACCCCGUGUGCGGCCACGCCUUCAUGCGCAGAAACAGCGGCUGCUGAGAUGGUGCCUUCCCCCAGCCUUGAUGCUUCUCAGGCAACGUUGGGGCGGGCCCCCGUGUACAGGGAGACACACAGUUGAGCAGCAGCAGCUGCUCUCCGUAUGAACAGCAGCCACACUUACUGCGGACUUUUGUGCCUGCCUGGUAUUCCAGCUGGCUGCCUUUUAACUAGUAGCUCCAGGCCCAGCCCACUUGCCUCUCAACUGGUCCUAGUGCUAACCCGGCCAUCAAGCUUACAGACAGAGCAAAAGGCAGCAGAACCACAAUAAGCACCCCUGCCACUUCUCCAGUCCAGAGCUGAACAGGCAGGCUCCAUAAGGCUACAGCUGUUGAGUUUGACCUCCCCAGGACAGGGGUACGUCAGUUCUGGCUAGCCUGAAGCCUCCCCUUUGGCUCCUGGCUUAAAAGCAGCAGUGGGAGUAAUAAAGCUCUGAGAGCAUGUUAUGCAGUUGGUGGGGGGGACAUUGCUUGAGAAGCAGCACCGCAUGGAUCAGUUCAUCGAUUCCGUUUGUUCUUUGUCAAAUGCUCCAAGGCCUAUAACAUGAGGCAGGCAUGUGGCAGACACCUCUGGCAGUCUCCGGUGGGAAGAGCCGUCUACGCCUUCUCACGCUAGUUGUUUGCUGCCAUGUUCUGCUGUGACGCAUUCAAUGGAAUCUGUGCUUGUGUGUUCUGUACAUAUUAGGGAGAUAUUCAGAUACGCUAGGCUCCAGCAAGUCUCCCCCUUCCUCCCUUGCCCUCCUGCUGGUAUAGGUUGACAACCAAUGGAAGUGUGAGAAAUCCCAUAAUAAUGUAGGCUCAGUGAUGGCUACCCCUGCUCCAACAGACUAGGGAACCAACUUCCAACCCAAUAUAGGAGAUACUGUCCCCAAACCACAGCACGCUCACGGCCUAAGGGAGAGCAAAAUAUAACAUGGGACUGAAUGCUCUCUAAGGGGCCCAGCAAGGAGGCUACACCACUGGAUAGACUUUUCCAUCCACUCCCACUUCCACAGGGUCAUUUUUCAACAGAUCCUUUAAGAUAUUUGUGGUCCUUAUCUAGUGAAAUCCAAAGCACGGCUAUAAUGGCUCCAGAGAAUUACAGAUUAAAAGUCAUUCCUAUCAGAUUGAUCUGAUACUCACACAAGGAUUUGCAAAAUCCAAAAGUGGCCCCACCAUUUAAUUUAUUCUUAAGAACAAGAGGGUAUAUCAGCCCACUCUCCCUCACUCACCGCAUGGACCAGUGCUGCGUAUAGACCUGAGCUCCUAGCUCAUGCCAUCCUAGUUCAUUGGAAAUCUGAAAUCCCCUGGGAACACCUUGUGCUGUGUUUGUUUGUCAGUUCUUUUGUUCAUCAGCAAAUAAAGGAUUUGUUUGUUGUGUUUUCUAAUUGGG